CCACCCUUGUCAACUUCAAUUAACGAAAUACCAGUGAAGUGGACGCGAAGAAAAGAAAGGUUUUGUAAUUCUACUAAUUUUCUUUUCAAGUUACCCACCACCAAAACCCAUUACUAAUCACCCUUUUAGAUUAGUCCCCUCAUCUGUUGUAUUAAAUGGAGCUUUGCCUUCACACAUUCUCUCAUACAUAUCUUACCAUCGUUAUUACCAACUUUCUCAUUCUAUCACGCUCAAGAACAAACAUACAUUCAGUAGGGAAAUGGUGAUCAUGGAACGCACAGAGAUUGACACUCGUGCCCCAUUCAAGUCUGUCAAAGAAGCAGUUAUGUUGUUCGGAGAAAAAGUAUUAGUUGGGGAAAUUUAUGCCAACAAGCUCAAAGAGAUGCAAGUUGAAGGGAGUGCACAAAGCAGAGGUGGGGCAAUGGCAGCUGAGCUGGAAGAGACAAAGCAAAGUCUUGAGGGAGCAAGAGAAGAAGCUAGCAUGCUGGUUCAGCGCAUCAAGUCCCUGAAGAAGGAACUGGAUCAAACAAAGAAAGAACUUGAAGAGACAAAAGCAAGGGAGAAAAGGUUGCUGCAGGGACGGGAUGAUCCAGAGAUCGAAGACCUCAAGUUCAUUGCAACCAAUGUGGAAAUCAAAACACCAAGCAAUGAAGAGACAGUUGAGUUCCAAAGGAGAAGAUAUGUGAAAUUCGCCAGUCCUCAUGCACUUGCUCAUGUGAUUCCUAACAAGGGUGAAUUGCUUGGGAGACCCCCUUCUGUCAAGAAGACUAAGAGGAAGCCACUGAUGCCUUUGAUAGGAUGGCUUUUCUCUAAAAAGAAAGAAAGCCACGAAAUUCACUCUCCCAAAGCCUGAAAAGUCCUUCUCACCUUCUUAGUUCCCUAACUUGCCUCUAUUCUUCUUGAGUUUUCCGCAAACAUGUGUUGGGUGCCCUCAGUUUUUCACAUUAAUAAUUACCCCUCGUUUUUUUGUUCUUUGUUUAUGAUGGCCCCUCUCAAUUUUGUAAAUUUGUACUUCUAAUUUGCUUACUGAGCUGGCCUGAUUUGGACUUUGCUUGGUAGAACAAGAGCUUCUGGAACAGUAUGAAUUUGAACAUGGGACAAUAAAGUACUUUUGGGUAUAUUGUAUUCUGUAUACUCAGUAACAUAUAUCUACAUCUACCACUAAGUUUUUUUUUGUCAACAACUAAACAUAGCACAGAAAUCUUUACUUUUUUAUCUCUAGAGUCGUAAGUCCCUUUAUCCGUCACGAGUACUCAUCAUACAUUAGCCAAAGUCCACUACAAAACCGACACAAUAUGUUUGUAAGUCUAAAA